AUGUCUGCCCUACGUAUACUCGUCCCGGUCAAGCGGGUAAUUGACUAUGCUGUCAAACCCCGCGUCAACAAGGCCCAGACGGGCGUCGAGACCGCCGGCGUCAAGCACAGCAUGAACCCAUUCGAUGAGCUCUCGGUGGAGGAGUCGGUGCGCAUCCGCGAGAAGAAGUCGGCCCCCGGCGGCGUCGAGGACAUCUGCGUAAUCAGCGCCGGGCCGCCCAAGGCACAGGACGUGCUGCGGACGGCAAUGGCGAUGGGCGCCGACCGGGCGAUCCACGUGGACGUCAAGGAGGGCGAGGACCUGGAGCCGCUGACGGUAGCGAAGCUACUAAAGAAGGCGGUCGAGGCCGAGAAGAGCAACCUGGUGAUCCUGGGCAAGCAGAGCAUCGACGACGACGCCAACCAGACGGGCCAGAUGCUGGCGGGCCUGCUUGGCUGGCCGCAGGCGACGCAGGCGAGCAACGUCCAGUUCGGCGAGGGCGACUCGGUCAGCGUCACCAAGGAGGUGGACGGCGGCGUCGAGACGGUCAAGGCCAAGCUGCCCAUGGUGGUGACGACGGACCUGCGACUCAACGAGCCGAGGUACGCGAGCCUGCCGAACAUCAUGAAGGCCAAGAAGAAGAAGCUGGACAAGAAGACGCUGGCGGACUAUGGGGUCACGGCCGAGCGGAGGUUGAAGGUCCUGAAGGUCACUGAGCCGGCGCCGAGGCAGGGAGGCGGCAAGGUCGAGGAUGUGGACGGCCUCGUGGCGAAGCUCAAGGAGCUAGGCGCCAUCUGA